UUUACUAGUUGUGGCUAUUUACAGUCACCAAUUGAUCAAUAUAGAGGAAUGCAUAUAUGUAGUUUAUUUCUCUUGUACCAAAAUUUUACAUGCUUUUCAUUGUUUGUGUCUGCAGAAGAAUUUACAAGCAUGGUGAAAGUGGGAAAGGUUGUGAUGGCAGUAGUACAGCUCCUCCAUGCACUGGAAGUCUUCGGAUUUUGAUUCUUAAAAAAAAAUUGUGGUGGAGUAGGAAAGGAGAGAGGUUUUGUGUAUGAAAUAGAAUGGCUGAUCCUAGAAGUGGAGUUCGACGAUCAAAGAGGGUUAAUAAUGUGCAAGACAAUCCUGCUAUUUUAGUUCCACCUGCUUGCCCAGGUACCAGAAUAGUGCCAGCCAGCAGAGGAAGAGGGAGAGGCUCUAGAGCUAUGAAUCAAGGUAAAAAUGUUAAGCUGACUGGUGCUGGAAUCGGCGCUCAUGGAAAUACUAGUUUAGACUUGCCAGUAGGAAAUUUAAUUUCCGUUCGUGAGCUAGGAGUUCAGAAAAGUGUAAAAAAACUAGCUGUUGCUGACGAUGAAGGAAGCACAAGUCCGCUUCCUGAGAGGGUGCAGAUUGGCAAUUCUCCACUGUACAAGUUAGAUAGAAAGCUGGGGAAGGAGGGUUUUGGACAAGUAUUCGUGGGAAGAAGAGUGGCUGGUGGUAUCGCUGGAACUGGGCCUGAUGCCUUUGAGGUUGCUUUGAAGUUAGAGCAUAAAAAUAGUAAAGGCUGCAGUCACGGUCCUCCAUAUGAGUGGCAAGUGUACAUGUCAUGGACAUGCUUGGCCCAAGUUUAUGGGAUCUUUGGAACACUAAUAACCAAAUUUUUGUGCAUGGAGAUGUUAAACUUGAAAACUUUUUGCUUGGUCUGCCCGGAACACCUAAUGAGAAGAAGUUGUAUCUUAUUGAUCUUGGUUUGGCAUCAAAAUGGAGAGAUUCAUCAUCUGGCCGUCAUGUUGAAUAUGACCAAAAGCCGGAUGUUUUCAGGAAUGAUUGUUGUUGGAACUAAAAACAGCAAUAAAAUGAAAAGAGCCUUCAAGAGGGAGCAAGAAGUGGAAUUGCUGCCAACUUCUUUAUAUAUGUAAAUAUGAACUAAAAGUACAAUUUUUGACAUGUGUAUAGAUUUUUGUAUUAUGUUUUAUAUUGAUUUUGUACUAAAUAUUUUUUUUUAGUUUGUAUUUUGUUUAUCUAUUUUAUAAAAAUUAAUUUUGAUAUUU